AUGGCGGCACCACCGCGCCAGCAGCAGCUCCCGAGGCUGCUCAUCCCGCCAAAUCUCAACGCCCAGCAGCCCAUCGUGUUUGGCGAGAACGCGCCGCUGUUCUCGCCGGGGCUGCCAACCUCGAUUGCUCAUGGAAUGCACCCGCCGCCCUUUCUGAAUACGUCCAAUCCACUCCAAACACCCAUGCAGGCCAACUUCUUCCAGCAGCCGCCAGGCGCACCGGGACGUCCGUCGAUGCACAGGAACGCGCCCAGCGUCGCGCAGCUAGCGGCGGCGGGCAUCUUCCCGCCUGGAAUGCCCAUGACGCCGCUGGGCCAGAGCGGCUUCCCAGCCCCGAUGCUCGGUCUCACGCCGUUCGCACAGCCCUUUGUUCCGCGCAACAAGCGGUCGGGAAGUAUCAGCGUUGGCGGGCCUCCGAAAGCUGUUCUGGGCGGCCCUCAGCGCAAGGUGAGCCCGCUGCCUGGCGGACCCGCGGCGACUGCACCCGCUCCCACGCCAAAGGCAAAGAAGGUUGUGGUGAACCUGCCGCGGGAGACCGUCCCAGGAGAGGGAGACGAGCCCUCGACGCGUCAACCUUGGGCCAGGACACCUCUCCCAACGCCUGCACAUCAGGCAGUGGUCCCGCCCGAGACUCACUCAGCGGAACCGUUCCCGCCCGAUAACUGGAGGUAUCAUCUGCCUGAUACAGUUGAUGUCUUCCUUCCUGGCAAGCAAAAGAUUAUCGAGGAGAAGCUGGAGAAGCUCGGUGUAGAGCGCGGGAAUGGUAGCGCCAUACCUCAUAUCCAUGCCCCGCAUGCCCGAGCAGCAUCAAUAUCUUCGCCCGCGGAUCCUGCUCUCCUCUUCUUCAAAUUGAACAGGUUACAGCAGUCUCAAAACGCGUCAUCAUCGAAUUCAUUAUCGACCUCGCCGCAGCCUCCCCUCCCGUCGUCCACGUCUCCUCAGCUACCUCCGCGCUUCCAGGGCAGGCACGGUCACAGCAUGUCCUUGGCUCAGCCGCCCUCUUUCCAAUCACAGUCACAGUCACCGGUGUACAAUCCAGCGGCUGCGUUCAAUCCAUUUGGACCAGCCGCUACCCUGGGGUCGGAUCAGAUCUUUACGCAGUUUUCACCAGUGCCCCCAGCGGGAUCCAAUGCUAAUGCAGCGCACAAUAUUCAUGCGCCUCAGGGACGCGUUCCAGCGAACUUCGCCACUCUUGCUCCGCCUCAGCCUUUAUCGAGACCGGAGAGCCGACCGGACUUCUUGCGUGGCUUCGGGCUGGACGUAACCGAGGAGGUCGAAGAACCUCCGGAGGAACCUGCUUCUACUAACGAUCCUGGCUCGGAUACGGCAACGGAACACGCGACGCAAGAUGAUAUGUCCCAGAUGGCUGAAGAUGGUAUGAGCACGGUGGCUCAGAGCCGGGUGCAUUCGCGGCAUGUCUCGCAUCUGUCUGCUGCAUUGUCGUUAUGCUCGGUUGGUGGUGUGGUCGUGCCUGCGCGCGACCCGAUUGGGCUGGGCGAGAUCGAGGUGAUCGAUUCUGGGGGCUCUGAGGAUUCUGAAGAGGAUCAGGAAGCAGUCGGAGAGUGGACGGGAUCGGAGGAUCUGCGCAACGGCGUGGACACGUCUGAAGAUGAGAGCAUCGGAGAGUGGUCGAAUCCGUCAGACGAGGAGAGAGCACGUCAGCAACGGCAGCAGCGUCGUCUGCUCCGCCGUGCGAAGCAGCAUGAUCUGGAGACUCCGAGAAGACUACCUAACUUCCCGCGGCCUCCCGAGAUCGCAGCUACGUUCGUCGACAAGGAAGAUAUUGUCUCGAAUCCCAGCGAGGAAGAACAUUCUGAGAAGCCGUUCGCGUUUACUGCCGAUCACCGGGGCCACUUUCCCCGUCCAUCCUCCAGUGGCCAUGGUCGGCCGCUGCCGCCAUUGCCUGAAGCCGUGCGACCUGGCUCUGCGCCAUAUUCGUAUCACGAUCCGGCAUUGGCGCACUCGAGGGAGGCGUCUGAGCAUUACCUUCAGCCAGGCGGGCUUCAGCCUCGUCCGCCCCUGCCGUUGUCGGGGCGCACGGAGUCGCUGAACCCUCUUGCGGAGCCAUUCGUCUUCGGUGCGAACCGCCUGUCUGGCUCAUGGGCAUCUGGGGCCUCCAGUCAGACGGCCGCGUCCGCUGUUACACCGCCUGCAAACACCCAUACGCGGGCACCCUCUUUUGGAAAGCCGCUCAGCGCGGCCGCGCCUGAAUUCAAGCCUACUGGAUUCACCUUCCGUCCCCCUCCUGGCGUGCCUCAGCUAUCGUUCUCGUCCCCCUCGGUUGCGCGCCCUCUGCCGACACCUCCUGUGCCACCACAGGUGCUCUCACCAGGGAAGCCCGUGACAAGAGAAAUGCAAGGCCGAGAGAAGAGGCAACGCCGUGGGUCAGAAGGUUCAUUGGACGGAGAAGACGAGGAUGGUAUCAACGAUAUGUCAUCCUUCAAAUUCCCUCCGGACAACGUGCGGGCGGUGUCGGCGCCAGUCAGCCCACCUCGGUCUAGCUUGGGCUUAAUGAAGGAUGCAUCGCUCAGUAUCACUGCAAAGCCCUACGCAUAUGCCGGUCUCUCAAGCACGUUGCCUACGGUGUUGCCGCAAACAGCGCCUAGGUCGGUGCAUGAUCUUCCAUACCCGCCCACCAUGAAGCUGAAGCGGGCACCCAUACCACUGGAUUUCAAGCAUCCCGUGUCCACAAACACUGUUCCUGCAGGUUUGUUCAAAGCUCUCGUUAAUGGAGAUGGCGAUGACAGAACGCGUCGUGCAGUACGCUCCAGACUCAGCUCGAGAGACAUCUUCGAGCACAGCACUCGCCCGUCGCUCGAUGACCUCAACGUUCCGCCAAUCUCGAAUAGAAACUCUCGCAAUAGGCUGUUCACUGACCCUGGGUUCCACGAGUCCUCUCCGCACCGCGAGAUCUUCACGCCCGACUUACCUAUGCGGCGUUCCUCGCUGCCAGCGAGACACCGUGGGAGCGAGUCGUCCAUGUCCGAUGUCUCUUUACCUCCUGUCAAUCUCUCUCGAAGGAUCGAGAUGCAGCAGUACGAGCAACGACUUGAAUACCUACUGGACGAGAAGUUCGAGAAGAUCAAGGGUGCCAUGGCAAACUCUAGGCAAGGCGGGCAAACACUGAGCUCAUCCACGGAAGCCAUGAUCAAUGAGGUUGUGUCCUUGUUCCGAGCGCAGCUGCAUGAGUCGGCCGCCAAGGGCCUAGAUGACAGUCAGAUGGAUGCGCGCGGCGAACUGGACUUCGAGGUCAUCAAGGACAUCAUCGAGCAGAAGCAUGCAGAGAAUCGCGCGGCUAUACAGAUGGAUAUCGCACAGCUUAUGAGCAAUCAGAACACGGAGGCGGACCUGAGAAUGCUCGCGGAUGAACUCACGAACAGGACGGUAAAUGCGGUGGUCACCGCCACCACGCAGCUGGCCAUGCGACUGCAGACGAUGGAGAACCCGCGGGUGUCUGCUGAUCGGGAAGUGAUCGUACACGACCUCAUGUCCAACUUGAUGCCUCAGCUUGCCGCCUUGCGUCCGGAGCCGAUUGACUAUGAAUUCCUCACGGCGCAGCUCACGCAGGCCGUGAAACCACACAUCUCGCAGCUCAUAGACCUAGCCUCGGAUAAAAGGGAGACUGCGGGACUCAUCGUGGACAAACUCGUGCCGAUUCUGCCUUCAAUCCAUGGCCCUGUCCCCGAGUUUGACACAGAGGCUAUCAUCGGCAGGCUUACCACCGAAGUCCGCAAGAUCGUCGCUCCCCUGGACGCACAUGAGAUCAAGGAGCAAGUAUCGGAUCUUGUCGUAGAGCGUUUGGAUUCUCGCCUCGCUGUUAGAGAUAGGGCAUUCAGUGUUGACGCCAUCAAUGAGAAAGUCUCAGAGGGCAUUCGUGGUCUCUUGGCCCCCAUCAAGGAACUUCAGACAGCCCUUGGCAAACUGCAGGAGACAGCACCGUCACGUUCUGUGGCUGCAGACAUUGAUCUCUCGUCCAUCAAGGAGUAUAUCCAGUCUCUUCUCUCAGACCUCCCGCAAGGGCUACUAGCUGCAACGAACGCACUCACUACGGCUCAGACUGAGUUUAAAACUCAUGCGGAGCGAGGCGGCAGGGAUACUCCGUUGGCGAGAGGUCUAGCGCAGGUGGAAGCUGCUAUACGCGAUGUUGCCCGUGAACAGCAACAGCUCGCCUCCCAGAAUCAAGAGUUCUCCGACUUCUGCCAGGAUAUCAUCAAGCACAUCGACACUCUACCGGAAGCUAUGGUCGAGGCGACCACUAUCCUGCAGAAUGCUCAUGCCGAUUUCUCUACUCGGGAUACCUCACGCAAUGAUGCUGAGGAGAUCCGGAGACUAAUGAACACAAGUGCUGAGUUGCAGGUACAACUAGCCAAAGCACGCGGGGCACACGGACAAGUCCGUGUAGAGAAGGAUAUGCUUGCUGAACGAUUGCGCGCGGCUGAAUCGGAACGAGACCGUCUUUUCUCUAAAAUGGAGGACUUGCAGGAGUCGGUCUCUUCGAAAUCUACGGAGGUUGUCGCUGCUGAAGCCAAAAACACGGAGCUAGAAGAAGCCCUGGCUCGCGCUCUCGAGCGCCUCAAAGCCGCGGAUGUGCAGUCUCAGACAGACUCUCAGCAUAUCGCUCAGCUGGAAGUGGUCAAUCGCGAUCUCGGAAUUGAGAAACAGCAACUCAGAUCACAGGUUGAUUCGCUUGAACUCCGGACGACGUUCAUGACACGCGAGAGAGAUAACAUUGCUGACGAGCUCGCCGCCCAACGACGCCAGAACGAGGAACUUGUAUCUCAGCAGAACAACUGGGAUGAGUUACGACGUGCCUCAGAGCAGAUACAGGCACUCACGCAGUUGGUUGGUCAGGCCGACAACGAGGAAAUAAAGGAGCUGCGGCGCAUCCGUGACCGUAGUAAAAUCCUCGAAGGCGAGCAUUUAGCUCUUCAGCGCCGCAUGAAGGAGUAUGAGACCAAAAUGACGUCGAACGAGAAAGUGACGCAGACUUCACGCCAGAGCCUUGUACAGGCGCAGCAGCGAGCCAUAGAGUGGGAGAAGCGUGCGAAGGAGUAUGAGGCCGAGCUAGAAACGACGCGGACUAAGCUCGACAAUGCCGAGCAGGCGCACGCACAGAUUGAGACGGACUAUUCUUUGGUAAAGCUACAGCUUGAGGAGCGGGAUGCUGAAGAGCGCCUGGAUAAGGAUCGGCAAAACAAACUUCGUGAUCAGAUCGCUGCGCUGGAAGCGCAAGUCUCCCGCCUACAAGCUGAGACAGACCAAGCCAAGAAAGCGGCUGCUACUGCGACAGUUGUGCAACCCACCGCGCGAUAUUCAAACGGAAAUGGCCACGCUCGUUCCCACGUCCCAUCGCGUCCCGACUCCCGUGCGAGUACUAUCUAUGGCGAGAGUCGCGCGGGUACCCCUACUGCUCCAUACAAUGGUUCGCGUGAUGCUGCCCUCCGCAUGGCUGCCUCGCCACAACCGUCGGUUUGGUCUCUUCAUGGGUCACGACGAGCCGAUACGACGUCCAUGACUUCCAAAUCGCAGAGGCCAUCGUAUUACCGCCCACAAAUCCCAUCGCCAACGCCCAGUAACGUAUCCGCUGCGCCGACCCUGGGGGACGAUGGCUGGUGGGAAUAGUGGGACAUUGGAUCCAGGAACGGGGUCUGCUAUAUAUUAUUCGAAACCUUCUCACGUCUGUCUCAUCGGAAAGGAUAUAUUAUAGACAUUGCUUCUUGUCUUGGGCCAUCGACUCUCUGCUGCUCUUGCAUCUCGGUUCACAUCUAUGCACAUAUGUUACUCCAUCUCCUGGGCAUGCUUGCCCAUAAAUACCACAUCUCAUUUCUCCUAUCUCUUACAACUCUCACAUCGAUACCUCAUUUGUUGUACACAGCAGCAAGUUGCAAGUUUGAAUAUAUACUGCAUUACAGUAAA